CUGAAUUUCUAUGGCAAGAGACGUGAGAAAGAUACGCCAACUUUUCGCGAGUUGUCCUUAUCUACACUAUCGAUUCUCCGUCCCAAACACCAUUGUCACUCGCUACGCCGGCCCAUCACACUCGCUCUCACCUUCAUCCUCGUCGUUCUGGCGAGUACUGUAAAAUUAUCACCACAACACUCUAUGACACCCGCCGCAUGAGAGAACAUAAUCGGAUCAACUCACCGGGAUCGUAUUAAUCAUAAUCAUGGGCAAACACCAAUACGGCCUCGUGUUCGACGCUGGAUCGUCAGGAACACGAGUCUACGUCUAUCAAUGGCUCAACGCAGAGGCCGCCCGCGCUGACGACGACGGCGAACAUCUCCUGGAAUUGCCCAAGAUCAAGACCAAGAAGGACUGGAUCAAGAAGGUAAAGCCAGGCGUAUCAACAUUCGGAACCAAGCCCGAAAAGGUCGGACCUGAACAUCUGAAAGAGCUGGUGGACUUUGCGCUCAGUGUUGUGCCCAAAAAGGAUGUCGCGCAGACUCCCAUCUUCCUCCUUGCUACAGCGGGUAUGCGCCUGUUGCCAGACAAUCAGCGCAAUGCGGUACUUGAGAAUAUCUGCUCGUAUUUCCAGAAGAACACCAAAUUCCAAUUGCCAGACUGCGCGAUGCACGUGCAGGUCAUCCCGGGAGAGACCGAAGGCCUUUACGGCUGGGUCGCGGCAAAUUAUCUCUUAGGAGGGUUCAAUGCUCCAGACGCACACCAUUCGACGAAGAAACACAGUACAUAUGGCUUUCUCGACAUGGGAGGAGCGUCAGCGCAGAUCGCUUUUGCGCCAAAUGCGACCGAAUCGGAGAAGCACUGGAAUGAUUUGAAAAGAAUUAACUUGAGGAGAAUCAACGGCGAAACGUUGGACUAUCGGGUGUUUGUGACAACUUGGCUGGGUUUCGGCGCGAAUGAGGCGCGCAGGAGAUACGUGGAAAAGUUGGUGGAGUCAUAUACUACCGAACAUGAGAUCCCUGAUCCGUGUCUCCCUCGCGGUAUCGCUACGAAGAAGACCGGAGAAGAGAUCGCGCCGGGCUCGGCUGAUUUAGAAGGCAAGGAGGCACAUCUCAUUGGGACCGGAAUUUUCCCUGAAUGCAUGAAACGGACAUAUCCCCUGCUCGAGAAGGAGAAGGCCUGUUCCGACCUGCCUUGUCUCCUGGAUGGCGUUCACACUCCCAACAUUGAUUUCAAUGUUAACCAUUUCGUCGGCGUUUCCGAGUUCUGGCACACGACACAUUCAGUCUUUUCGGAUUCACAUAAGCAAAAAGCGUACGAUUUCGAAACAUAUCAGAAGCAGGUCGAAGAAUUCUGCUCCCAAGACUGGAAGAGCCUCGAGGCUGGUGUCGCAGCUGGAAAAUGGGGUGUCAAGGUCGAUGUGAAGGAAGUAGAGGAGGUCUGCUUCAAAGCAAGCUGGCUGAUCAACAUGCUUCACAUGGGUAUCGGCGUCCCAAGAAUUGGCUUGGAGCAUAUGAAUGGCACGACCAACAAGACUGAGGCGCUCAUCGACAACGCCAAGGACAAGGGCUUCAUCGAUGCUUUCCAAGCAGUAGAUAAGAUCGAUGGGAAAGAGUUGUCCUGGACUUUGGGCAAAAUCGUGCUUUACGCUUCCUCGCAGAUUCCACCAGCUGAGGGCGCGCUUGCAGUGGGAUUCGGCAGCAAUUUGAAGGACAGCAAUAGCCUACCCAAGGAUUUCCAAUACGCUGGUGGUGCUCCUCAGCUCUUCAGACCGGACCACGACGACGACGAUGACGACGACGAUGAUGAUCACUACUCCCUCAACCUCAAGGGACAUUACGCCCGCCGUGUCCCCGGCAUUCUCAUCUUCCUCCUCAUCCUUCUCCUUGCAGCAUACCUCCUCUGCGGUCGCGACCGCCGCUCCGCCCUCUACAACAAAUUCCUCACCAUGCUUGGCCGCAAACCCAGCAGCGGCUCCAUCCGCCUCAAGCGCAAACAGGCCGGGGGAAAUGGUUUCGGCAAAUUAUUCGGCGGCGCAGGCGGCGCCAAUUCUCCCAGCUACGAACGUGUCCUCGAAGAAGCCACUCCGGAAGACUUCGAACUCGCGGAUGUCAGCUCCGAUGAUGACCGUCUCUCAUCCUCCAGCCACAGCGGCAUAGAUCCUCACAGCGGUGGCAAUGCGGUUGGUGUUUCUGCCCGUAGCGGACGCACCUCGGGCAUGAACACGCCGGCGAAUCGUGGCCUGAGUCCUGAUACUACACGCACGUCGCCGAGGGGUGGUGUUGGCUCGCUUGGACUGGGCUCGGCGAAUGCUGCUUUCGAUCGGAGUGGUCUCAACUCGAGGAGUGAGAGUCGGCGCGCGAGUCCUUCAUCGAGAGCGAUGGGUCGGACGCCGCUUAAGGGUAGUGUGGCUUAAGGGACGCUUUUUUUAUGUAUUCGGGCGAGGGUCAUUUUCUGGCGUUUUGCAUAUUUGGGGUUGGAUUGCUGCAUCUCUAAUCAAUGUAUACUUUUUCCACUAAUGGAUCAACUUGACCAAAAUAUGCCACCGAUGAC